AUGGGCUCCAGGCUCUUUGUCUUCCUGAGAGCAGGCCACAUGGACACUGCAAUUACCUAGAUACGAAAAUAUCUGAUGACAGUGAUGGGGGAACAAGAGACCCUGGAGUUCAAGCAACACCUGGAAUAUACUGCCAUGUACUGGUACAAAUAGGGCACUGAGCAAAUGCUGGAGCUCAUUAACACGGUGGCCAGUUGUUACUCACCUGAGUGCCCAAACAGUGACCACUUGACCACCCAGGAUGCCCUGGAGCCAGAAGAUUCUGCCCUGUAUCUGUGCGCCAGCAGCACCCACACAUCCAUACAGCCAACUUCUCCCCGUGAAAAUGCCCUUCGUUUAGCUACAGCCCAAACGGCACCUGACACGUGUCUGCAUAUGGUGAGCAACCCUGAACCACUAUGGGGAAGGGGUGGUCAAGGGUGCUGGAGUGUUCACCACCAGGUGGUGGAUCACAACUGUCCAGAAGGACAGAGCUUCAGAAAGAAGUGGUCUUCAGCUUCUGAACAGGGCUCAGUGGACCCCACAGGUAUCCGGAAAGCUGCCAACCUCACUGCAGAUUCUUCUUUUUGUGAGUUAGCAAGGCAAGCUCGAGGCCCAAUGUGUAGCCUGGAAGCAGCUAAUUUGCUUGAUGAGACCCCGACUUUAGUGAAUAAACAGGCUCGGCCUUCUCGGCAUCCACGCGCGCCGGGCUCUGGCGCCGCACCUCCGCGGGUGCCAGUCUCUCCCUUCCUCCCGCAGUUGGGGUCACUUUGCUCCCCCUCGGCUCGGCUUCUCGCGCUUGCCUCCGCCUUUUCCGCCCCCACCCCCCGGCCCCCGGCACCCCGCCCCUCGCCGCACAUCCUCCCUGUCACCCGUGGGCCGCCUGACGAAUCCCUUCAAGGGCAGCCGAACUUUGAAGGACAAGACAAAGCUUCAGCAUAUGGUCCAAUCCCCAGAUGUUUGUCUUUUCUUCCUUCUCCACCCCCACCUCCCCCUUCUCGGGGUUCGUUAGGGAACCCGACCGGUGCCGCCUCCCUGCGCUCACCGCCGGCUCCCGCGCCCCCACCUCCAAGUUCAGCGCCCGGUGCCAAGUGGCUUAAUUCCCCUUGA